UGAAUUGGGAUGGGCAGGCAUGAUACUUGGUCGGCAGUGUCUCCUUUUUGCGUCUGCUGGCUUGAGCUAAUUGCGUUCCCCGCCCCCUUUGUCGUUGGUCGGUUCAAGGGUCUGAUUGUCAAUCUCAAUCACAGCUCCGGUGGCGCAACGCAAUCCAGUCUGGCUGGCACUCUUGACUUGCCCUCCUAUUCCGAAUACCGCAAUGUUCUAGAAGCCGCCUGGAAGCCCCUGGGCGGCGGAUCGAAGCUUCCACAUCUUCCAUAUCGCGUCCGUUCCCGGUCGACUGGGCUGAAGGAUUCGGAGGUCUGGGGCCCAUCGUCCACGUCUCCUUUUCGUUUUCACCUUCUGGAACACGAUGAGACGGUGCUAGUUCGAUCGACUACGCCCGACUAUGGAUUUCAUUUGAUAAUACCUAGGAACGGAGCCAGACUAUUGACCCAAGGCCGUCAGCUAUUGAAGUAGUGGACUUGACUAGCGGGGUGUCCGUGACGUCGAUCGAGCCGUCUGAGCCAUCUUUCCCAGCGAUGGAGGAUCCCAACACAUCCGAAAAUUAGUCCGUUGCCAUUAAUUAAGGAGGUGAGUCUACUAAGAAUGGAGGGUGGCCUGAGUGGUGGUGGUGGGUUCGACCUGGGCACCACCGGGCAGUUCUCCGAAGGAUGGUGAGAGGAUAGAGCCGAGCUCCUGGAAUGGUAUAGACUGGGAAAGGGGGGGUGAAGAGGAUAAUCAGAGUGAAAAAGGGAAGGGAAAUGAAAAAUCAUGGAUUCCAUCUGCAAAUAGAAAGUAG